AUUGUCGCGUAGUAGCAGAAAAUCAAGAGUCUAGACAUAUCGCAAGGCCUAGUUGAGAGCUAUUAUUGAUACAGAUCCUACAUAUUUCAGUGUAUCCUACGGACAAUGUUUAAAGAAAAGCUGUGAACAAUGGCACAGCGAACAAAAGUGAUCGAGUUGUACAAAACGCUGCUGCAUUUGGGGAAAGAUUAUCCAAAGGGAUACACCUACUUUCGUACAAACCUGAAAAAAAUAUUUAUGAAAAACAAAGAUGAAAACGACCCACAAAAAAUUGAAAAAAUGUUGGAUCAUGGACAGUACGUGAUCAAAGAAUUAGAGGCUCUUUAUAUGCUUCGGAAGUAUCGAAUCCUAAAGAAAAGAUAUUACAGCUAACGAUAGUUUAUACAUUAUCCAGAUAACCUAGCUAAUUGUAAGAAGACUGUCAAGUAAAAUUGAUAAGGACUGACAAUUGUAGCAAUCCUGUUUUCUAUAGUGUAUAUAUGUAUAUAACGUGUUGUGAAUCAUAUAUGUAUAUUACUUCUAUUAUUACUGCAAUUGGCAGCGUAUAAAAUAAGGAAAAUUCCAAGUUUUA